GCUCCGCUAAACGGCAACCAAAGAGCCGCGAUUUGUUCAGGCUCUGGUUUUUCUUUCCUUCUUCUUCACCAUCCUCCACUUGCUUAUAGCAAAGAUUAUUAGGAUCAGUUUCAGUUGGUUAUUCGGUACUAGAAACAUCAUUCGCCAUGCUCGUAAACAAAAUACUGCUCAGCAGUAUCGUUGGUCUGGCUGCAGCCCAGUUCCCUCCAAAGCGCGAAGGCUUCAAGGUCGUCAAGUCCAAGCACCACGACAAGGUCUCUAUUUCCUACAAGGAGCCUGGUCUGUGUGAAAGCACCCCCAAUGUAAAGUCAUACUCUGGCUAUGUUCACUUGCCUCCCGGCACCGUGCACGAGGACAAGCAGGACUACCCAAUCAACACCUUCUUUUGGUUCUUUGAAGCCCGCCACGACCCCGAGAACGCCCCCUUGGCAAUUUGGCUCAAUGGCGGCCCUGGGAGCAGCUCGAUGCUGGGACUUCUGCAAGAGAACGGGCCCUGCUUUAUUGCAGAAGACUCCAAGUCCACUAUUCACAACCCGUGGAGCUGGAACAACCAUGUCAAUAUGAUUUACAUUGACGAACCCAACCAAGUUGGCUUUUCAUACGACAUCCCGACCAACGUCACCAUCAACAUUGAGGAAGGGGAAGUUGUUCCUACCGACUUCUCUAGUGGCAUUCCGGAGGUGAAUGUAACCCACCACAUUGGUACAAUGUCUUCUCAGAAGCAGGAAAAUACGAUUGGACUUACUGAGCAAGCUGCAAACGCCAUGUGGCACUUUGCCCAGACCUUCUUCACCGAGUUUCCCCACUACAAGCCCAAGGAUGACCGCAUUAGCCUUUGGGCAGAAAGCUACGGAGGACACUACGGCCCUGCCUUUAUGCGAUUCUUCCAGCAGCAGAAUGAGAAGAUUCGAGACGGAAAGUUGGACGACGAGCAUGCUCACGAGCUCCACUUGGACACACUCGGCAUUGUCAACGGCUGCAUCGACCCUGUUAUUCGGGAGGAAUCUGGACUUCUUUUGCCGUACAACAACACCUACGGUAUUCCCGUGCUCAACCAAUCCACCUUUGAUGCUGCCUGGCACAACUUUACAAAGCCGGGAGGCUGCAAGGAGCAAAUGAUUCAGUGCCAGAAGGAACUGAAGAAGGCAAAGGGCGAGCUUUUCGCUGCCCAAGAAAAAGAGGUUAUGGAAUAUUGCUCUCUGACGAAGGAGUGCUAUCGCAUUUCUGAGACUGUUUUUGCGUGGAGCGACAACGGCCGAUUUGACAUGGCACACCCCAAAGCAGACCCAUUCCCACCUCCUCAUCAAUUCGGAUGGCUCGUUGAAGAAGGCGUACUCUCCGCUCUUGGAGUCCCUGUCAACUUCUCGGCAUCCUCCCAAGCCGUGUGGGCCAACUUUGAGCGCUCUGGCGACCAGCUCCUCGGAUUCAUUGAUGCAAUCGGUUACCUUCUCGACUCUGGCAUCAAGGUUCACAUGAUGUACGGAGAUCGCGACUAUGCCUGCAACUGGCUUGGUGGUGAGAUGACCAGUCUGCAGAUCCCCCAUGCUCACAAGGACGACUUCAGCAAGGCCGGUUAUGCCGAAGUCAUGACGCACGAUGGCUUCGGUGGCAUGGCCCGUCAGUACGGAAACCUCAGCUUCACCCGCGUCUUCCAGGCUGGCCAUGAAGUGCCCAUGUACGUCCCUGCGACCGCAUACGACAUAUUCAUGCGCGCCAUGUUCAACAAGGAUAUUGCUACUGGCAAGAUUGACGUCCACGAUGAGUACGCAACGGAGGGACCUGACAACACAUGGCACAUUAAACAGGCGCCCCCUGAGUUCCCCAAGCCAAAGUGCUACGUUCUUGCUCCUGAGUCGUGUACAGAGGACAUCUGGGAAAAGGUCAAGGCUGGCAAGGCUAUUAUCAAGGACUACUUUGUCGUUGGCUUUACCGACGAGGACGACAGCGCUGAUGAGCUGUAGGAGGGAGGGGAAAUGACUGGAUAUGUAGUGUGAUGAUAUGAUAUGGAAAUAUACGUCCAAUACUAUUUUUUUUUUAAAUCGUGUUUUUAUUUGUCUUCUUUUUAUUGUUUGAUUUUAGUUUCUUUUACACAACAUAUUCUACGCCACAAUACACAUCAGCCACACCCCUCUGUG